AUCAAAGGACUUUAAUUAAAGCUCCGUAAUCUCCUAAAAUAAUAAAUCAUUUUAAAUACAAUCUAAAAAAAUCAAGAGACUCUCUUAUUGUAGAAUAAGAUGAAUAAGCGACUGUGAUACAUAAAAAAACAGUUAAGGAGACUUUUUGUAAUUCGAUAUUCAAGAUUUAACAAGAAUGCCCUUUUAAAUGUUUUGUAUACAAAUUAUGACAAUAAUUCAAUAUAAUAGAAAGUGUCUCUUAAUGAAAAAAAAUAUAAUAAAUAAUAAUGUUGAACCAAGUUAAUUAUAAAUCCGAAACUGUAUUGAAAUGCUAUGAUAUCAAUUUUCGCCAAAAUAUCGUUGCUUUUGUGGAAAUGUAUAAAAUGCAUUUCCUAUAUUUUAAUGUUCUCAAGCUCACCAGGUAUGUGCUGACGAAUUCCUUUAUUAAGGUCCAUAUUUAGAGCGUAUUCUAUGCAAGAAUUGUAAUCAAUAUAGACAUUUUAAUGGGAUUAUUAAUUUUUAUUUUCGUUCAUGGAAACAAAGCAAAAACUCUUUAAUUUUAGUUCUAGCCUUGGUUAUCUUUGUUGUUUUAACAUUCUUUUCGUUUUUUGAAUUGGAUGAUGAGAUGGCAAAAGAUGGGUUAUUAAUAUAUUGCUUAGUAUUUUCAUAUACUAUAGGUUUAUUUUACUUAUAUGUUUGAUAUCAAAGACGCUCACUCAUUUAAAAGAGGGUAAGACUACUUAUUAAAAGACUUGACUUAGAAAUGUAUAAUACAAUAAGAAUAAUACGAAUUUAAUGAUGAAAUUAUAAACUCUAUGUAUGUAUGACAUCACUAUUAAUCAAAUCAAUCAAUUUUCA